AUGACCACUCGUCAUGAACUUUGUCUUGAAGAAAAAAUUAAUUUAAUAAGAGAAAAAGAACAAGGUUUAUCUCACCGUGAACUCAGUGAAAAAUUUGAAAUAUCUCUUGGUGCAGUCUCCAACAUAUUGAAACGCAAGUGUGAAUAUACCAAUGAUUAUGAAACAAAUUGUAAUAAAAAACUUAAAAGAAAACUAAAAGAUGAUUUACGUCAAGAAAUAAAUGAUAACGUGUACGAGUGGUUUGUUGCACAACGAGCGAAGAACAUACCUAUAUCGGGUCCUAUACUUCAAGAGUAUGCUCGAGAAAUUGGUAAAAAAUUGGAUCAUUCAAAUGAAUUUAAAGCAAGCAACGGGUGGCUUGAUAGAUUUAGGACCCGCUACAAUAUAAAUUUUAGAAUUAUUUCUGGUGAAAGUAGAUCAAUUGAUGAAGAUACAAUAAUUGAUUGGAAAUCUCGAUUGUCGAACAUUAUUGAAGAUUAUGACCCUCAUGAUGUGUUUAAUUGUGAUGAAACCGCCUUGUUCUACAAAUUAAUGCCUGAUAAAUCAUUAGUUGUGGACAAAAAUGAUUGUAAAGGCGGGAAAAAAUCCAAAGAACGAUACACCGUGAUGUUAUGUACUAAUUGGACCGGAAGUGAAAAGUUAAAACCUGUUGUUAUAGGUAAAGCGAAUAGGCCAAGAUGUUUUAAAAAUAUUGACAUAAAGAAAUUGCCGGUCUUAUGGUGCAGCAAUCGUAAUUCAUGGAUGACAUGUAAAAUUUUUACUGAAUGUGCUGGUGUAGCUGCUAAAGCUGAUGAUAUUAAUGUUACUGCUUUAGAUGCAGUUUAUUGGAUUCAAAAUACAUGGGAUGCAGUAACUGAAACAACAAUAAGAAACACAUUAUACAGUAACUGA